GUGAAUUGUCUGCAUUGUCUUUCCUGCCCGUUUCAAAGUGAAAUACAACGGGAGAGAAUUUGCAGUUGCUGUUUUGUUGGCAAUUACUCUAUCACUUCAAUAUCAGACACACACGUUCUUCAUCUGACUGCUAGGAGCCAGCAGCCCUGAAGCUAAUCACUGAUUCUGCUGCGAAGCCGUGUGUGGAAUAAUCGUUUUCAGGACUUUUCAGCUAGUCAAUGAGGAGACGGGUGUCUUGAGAUGGCAUUGAAAGGCUGGGAACCUGGAACACAAUGUAUAGCUAAGUGUGACCACAAAACCACAAAGAAAGAUGAACUAUCUUUUCACAAGGGCGAUAUCCUGACAAUUAUUAAGGUUGUCAAUAACAAGGGAUGGUAUAGAGCAAAAAAUAAUAAGACAGACGAAGAGGGUCUGAUAUCCAGAAAUAAUCUACGUGAGCGUGAGGCCAUUCGAGUUGACCCAAACCUCAGUCUAAUGCCAUGGUUCCACGGGAAGAUCAGUGGGGAAGAUGCAGUGAGGGUACUCCAGCCUACUGAGGAUGGCCUGUUCUUGGUACGAGAAUCCAUUCGACAUCCUGGUGACUAUGUGCUGUGUGUCAGCACAAAAGAGGAAGUCAGUCACUACCGUGUUAUUUACAAAGACAACAAACUAACCAUUGAUGAAGAAAACUAUUUUUUCAACCUUAUUGAACUUAUUGAGUAUUAUAUGAAAGAUGCAUGUGGACUUAUCACCAGAUUAACCAAACCCAAGCUUAAGGAAGGCACAAAGUCAGCUGCAGAGGAGCUCUCGAAAACUGGCUGGGUACUCAACAUGCAACAACUAAUAUUGGGAGAACAAAUAGGGGAAGGGGAAUUUGGAGCUGUGUUUCAGGCUGAAUACAUGGGGCAGAAAGUGGCUGUGAAGAACAUAAAGUGUGAUGUUAUGGCUCAGUCUUUCUUAGAAGAGACCUCCGUGAUGACGAAAUUACUGCACAAGAAUCUGGUGAAAUUAUUGGGAGUUGUAGUGGACAAUGGAUUGUAUAUCGUCACUGAAUACAUGAGCAAGGGUAACCUCGUCAACUAUUUGAGAUCGAGAGGGAGGUCAGUCAUCACAUUGAAGCAUCUGAUCCAGUUCGGGCUUGAUGUCUGUGAAGGAAUGGAAUACCUGGAGUCGAAGAAGCUUGUUCACCGAGACUUAGCAGCCCGGAACAUUCUGAUCUCAGACGAAAAUGUUGCCAAAGUGAGUGACUUUGGUCUGGCGAAGGGAGUGUCGAGUGCUCAAGACCAGGCGAAGCUGCCGGUGAAGUGGACAGCCCCUGAGGCUCUGAAACAGCAUAAAUUCUCCACCAAGUCGGAUGUCUGGAGUUACGGAAUUCUUCUGUGGGAGCUGUUUUCUUACGGCCGAGCUCCCUACCCUAAGUUGCCACUGAUGGACCUGGUGGACAAAGUGGAGAAAGGAUAUCGGAUGGAAUGUCCGGAUAAGUGUCCCACCUCCGUGUACAACCUGAUGAAAUCCUGCUGGGAGUACGAUCCUAGCAAACGUCCCACCUUUAAAAAACUCAGAGACAAACUGGAAAAAGAGGGGAGGAAAUCCGAUUAUGUUUGAAGCAAGAACACCUCAUGGGCAGGUUUAACCACAGAAAGAGCAUCCUAUUGAGCCAACAUACUAGGAUGGAUCCUGUCCAGGAUUUUGAGUCUUACAGCAGCACGUGGCGAAGAAUGACAGAUUAUACAUAACAGGAGAAAAAAGAAAUCCCUUCAAUGUCAUGCUGUAUUCCUCUAUACACAACCUGAAGGCUCCCAAACCCCUUCAUCCUGUCAGUGCCUGUUCACUUUCUAACAGAGCUGACCUUAACACUGUUGUGCUUGCUCACAUACGAGAUUAGAAAUUGCGGUUUUAUUUUGUUUUGGGGAAUCCAAACAGAAUAUUAAACAAUCAGCAUCAAACUAACCCAUCGCUGUCAAUAUCACAUUGACUCAUCACAAUAAACAGGAAUAAGGACAUAUUUAUACAGAACUUGCCUUCAGAAAUUGAAAUUGAUACAGCACAGUGUCUGAUAAGGUAGAAUGUGCAUGGGCUUUAUAGCAAGCAGGAGUGAAUGGCCUUCUCUUAUAUUUCUCACAUUGUAACAAUGAUUGUCCUUCGAAAGUAUUCCAUUUGGCCAGAAAGUACUUUUGAACAAUCUGAGGUCCAGACAGCUGCUCUAUAAUGUAUAGUUUUUCCUGAUUUACUUUCAGUUUUUACUUAUGUUAAAGACUGUGCCCUGCGUGAUACCUGUUCAACAGUGGACAAUUUCAGACCUCAACAGACACUCGCUGCAAAAGUCUCCAGUCAGUAUUUUGUUAAAUGUUGAUGGAAUAAUUGAGAAUCUGUUGCAAUAAAUUAAAACCUUUUGUCUAAA